ACACGCGUUGUACGGUAGGUUAUCGUUAGUUUUACAACAAAAUACGUAAGCGUAUUGUAGAAAACUGAGGCCGAAAAACUAGCUAUCGAACACGGCCGUGUAGUGUUUCAAACUGCAACAUUCUGAAGACUAGAUCUAGUUGUGUGUGAUGAUCUAUUCAAGUCAUCUCUUCUUACCAAAAAUAACCUCAUUCUGAAACAACUUUAUUUUAAAUAUUGAACUGCAGACAUGGCUCAAACGUGGCCCAAUGUUAUCAUGUCAGAAAGGAAAAAACGUAUUUGCUUGUGUAUGACCCUAGGGACAUUAAUCACAGUUUUACUGACAAAUGUCGAAGGUGUUGGGGUUCAACAACUCACUAGGACUCGACAUUUACACAAGACCAGGUCGUUGAAACGUACCAUUCUGGAUGGUGAUAUUGAGCCCUAUUUUGAUAGUGGAACAUCAACUAAUGUUACCACCACACCAGGAAAGACAGCUUACCUUCCUUGUCGAGUUAGGCAUCUUGGUGACAGAACAGUUUCAUGGAUUAGGAGAAAGGACCUUCAUGUCCUGACUGUUGGUCGCUUUAUAUACUCCAGUAGUGAUAAAUUUCAAGUCAUACACCGUGAUGACAGAGACGAUUGGAUGCUUCAGGUGAAAUAUCCACAAAGAGAUGAUGCUGGCCAGUACGAAUGUCAAGUCAGUACUGUACCUAAGAAGAGCCUGUUCAUCACACUAAAUGUGAUCGUAAGUAAAGCUGAAAUUUUAGGAGGUCCUACGAUCUAUAUCAACACCGACAGCGCUAUCAACUUGACUUGUAUAAUUCAAGAAAGUCCUGUACCUCCUGACUACGUGUUUUGGUACCACAACAAUCAAGUGAUCAACUACGAGGCCCACAAGGGUGUUGAAGUGAAAACUCAGAUGAAUCCCACAGCUACCAGUACGCUUUGGAUAGAGAAAGCUCAAUCUUCUAAUUCAGGGAACUACUCCUGUUUUCCUUCGAAUGCUGAUCCCGCUGAAAUAGCGGUUCAUGUUCUAAAUGGAGAAAAUCCAGCUGCAAUGCAGCAUGGGAAGCAUACAUCUUACGCUAAAGGAUUAUUACCCACAAAAAGUCUAUUGAUCGGAAUUUUAACCGCCCUUCUGCUCACUCAGCAACGGUGAUGACGACUUCAUUGGACGUGUACUUAAAGAAGCAGUGGCAGGAAGCCCACGCUCUGGUGUAGUGGCUACAAGACGAUCUCACCAUUUGACUAUCGCACUGAGACUACUGAUAUUGACAAACUAAAGAGAAAGCUAGCCACUACAUGCGUGUUUAGAAUAUCAAAGAAAGGUCUCGUGUGUAUUUGUACUGCAUUUCCAACAAAAACCCUCAAUACUUCCCAGCUUUAAUACAGUAAUGUUGAAAAAUGAAAAAUGUAAAGAAUAAACUGACGCCAUUACCAAGAAAAGAGGUGUCUGAGUAUUUUGUCUAGGCUGAAAUAUAAAGGUCAUCAUUCUCUAGUUGUAUCAUAUUAACCAUUGUUUUAAGUUCCCAUACCCUCUUUGUCAAUUUCUCAAAAAACAGCUACCUUAUAUUUCUCUUUCGGAGAGCUUUAAAUAUACUUUUUCUUUUGAUACUAUUAGGUGACUAAAAGGUUUCUGUCAAAUUAAAACUUCUCAUAACUCUGUACAUAAGGAACGACUGUGAUGAUGGCGUACGAGGGAGUAUGUGCUUGAUGAAUAUGGAGAAAUUUGAAGUAUAUUAUUUAAGUUAGACUAAACUGUUAUAUAUAUACAGAGACGUGAGUCUGAACAAACACAUUCCUGGACGUUUAUACAUUCAUAUGUUUAACUAAAUUAAUAUGAUUUCUAGUAUGAACAUAUGCGAGGAAAGCUAUUACGUUAAUUAAUUGUAAACAGUAAAGAUUUUAUUCUUCUUAUGCUUCCUAAUUGUUUUCAUUAUAUGUAAAAAAAAUGCUUCUAUACAUGCCUAUACCUUCGAGGUACAUGGACACACGUGCACACAGAUAUAUUUAAUAUAUAUACGUUUAUGUAUGUUCGCAUGUUUAUAUGCAUACGUUCAAAAUAUUAAUGUAAAAUGAGCUUUCACUUCUAAGCUUCACAAGAAAAUGAAAGUGGGAGAAUAUGUAAAUAAAGUAUAUAUUUGGUGGUUGUCAUCUUGCACAUAUAUAAUACGUAGGUUAUUAUUUUGUGCUCGAAUGUCAGCUGAAUUAUUACUUGGGAAAUCUGCUAUAGGUAUUACGCUAUUGAAAUAAGCAUUAAAUGUGUGUGAAACUGUAUGGCUUAUAUGCUGGAUUUCGAGGAAUAAUUUAUUGAUGAAUAUUAAUUAUUACAAAAUUACUUAAAUAAUGGUUCAAUGAAUAUCUUACUUUUGUCAUCAAUAUUUAUGGCAUAGUUUUUAAUAGAAAAAUAUGUUUUGUCUAUAGAUUGAAAAGUUAUCAUAACAAUAUUUGUACAUUCACACUGUAUUUUAGCUCCUCACGAUUCGUGUAAGUAUUUACUCUAGAGUUUGUAUAUGUGUAAUUUACACCACAAAGGUGCUCAUAUGUAUAAAUGCUCACUGUUAAACUUCGUGUUCUUAAGGCUACAAACCCAUCACCUCAUAGUUUGGUUUGUUUGGUUUAUGUCUGGUAGAGUGUUUUAAUAUUGAGUUUGUGGAUUAUUCUUUUUUUACUAGCAAAACUAGCAGUUACUCAAUUCUUUCUUGUAAAAAUUGAAGUUUACUACAA